AAGGAAGGAAGGUAAGAAGGAGGGAGCAGAAUUAGUGAGCGAUAGAGGGGAGGAGAGGAGGAGAGGCGGCGGGCUGUUCUGCCGAGGAGGACGUGGCGGGUCCGGCGGAGUAACAGAGUGACGGACAGCGGACCGAACCGAGGCGGACAGGCGGCCAUGACCCGGACCAGCGUCAGGCAGGGCCCCAUCUCAUGUGGGUGGUGACGUUUGGUUGGAAUUCAGAGGAGACGCUCGGGACCACGCCCCCUACUCGCAGCCCCACCUCCUCUCAGGACAGGUGUAUCUCUUCUGCGGCGAGUGGAGGAAGGAAGGCCUCAGCGAUAGGUGUUGGACAGAGAGAGGUGAGGAGGAUAAGCUCCACCCCUCACCAUGACAGACUUGGAGACGGAGUGUUUGAGCCUCGGCCUGCCCCCUGAUUGUGGCUCCCCUCCCCUGGACUCCUCCCUUCAAGGGGACCAUGGCCCGGAUCCGGCCGCCUCGGCCCCGGCGCCCACCCUGGCCCUCCUCGCCUCUGACUGCCCCACACCCACACUCAGCUCGCUGGCGGCGGAGAUCGCGGAGCCGCUGGUGAUGCUGCCGUGCGUGAAGAGCGAGCCGGAGGAUGGAGACCUGGAGCCCAUCAGGACCGUGGACCUGUCGGAGAUCCAGCCGCUGUCCACCGCCGAGUUGGGCCAGGACCAGAUCAAGAUGGAGAUCAGUGGCCUGGACUACAUUAAGUCUGAGCAUCACUGUCACCAUGGCAACCACCACUUGGGUCCGUUUCACCAUAGCGACGUCGCAGAACUGGAGUACAAGUCGCACUAUGAGCCUAGCUCUGUGUUCGACUACAUCUCCCAGGUGACCGACACUCUGGACUACAUCAAGUCCGACCACCAUGUGGAUUUUCAGUGUUACUACACCACAGAGCUGAGCUCCCUGAAGUCAGAGUAUCCCGAGUCCACUCACCUGCACCACAACGGCCUGGAGUCCAUCCACAUGGCCGAGCUCCGGACCGAGCUCAACAAGCUCCGCCCUGACGCCCCGCUCAUGGACAGCAUGGGUAAACUGGACCCUGAGUUUGGAGGUGGGGCUCUGUAUGAGCUGCAGCCGGCUGAGGACGGGAAGGUGGAGGUGACGGGAGGAGGAGAGAGUCUAGUCAUCACGACAAAAACCCAGAGUCCGACUGUCAGGAAACCUCGCAACAUGCAGGGGGAGAAGCCCUUCUCCUGCACACAGUGCGGGAAGAACUUCAGCACGCUGGGAAACUUAAAAACACACCAGCGUAUCCACACCGGGGAGCGGCCAUACACCUGCUCACAGUGCGGCAAGAGCUUCGGCCAGGCAGGGAACCUCAAGAGACACCAGCUGAUCCACACGGGCCAGAAGCCGUACGUGUGCGCACACUGUCCCAAAGGCUUCACCAAGGCCGACGACCUGCGCUCACACCAGCGGCUGCACACCGGCGAGCGCCCGUUCAUCUGCGUCACCUGCGGGAAGAGCUUCGGCCAGUCCAAAGAGCUGAAGGCUCAUCAGCUGAGCCACACGGGCGAGCGGCCAUUCUGCUGCCAGCACUGCGGCAAGAGCUUCACUAAGGAGACCAGCUACCGCAACCACGUGCAGAUCCACACGGGCGAGAAGCCCUUCACCUGCUCGCAGUGUGGAAAGACUUUCAGCAACUCCGGCGUCCUCAAAACCCACGAGAAAAUCCACUCUGGCGAGCGGCCGUUUGGCUGCACGCAGUGCGGGAAGAGCUUUGGCCGCCUUGGCCACCUGAAGGCACACCAGCAGAUCCACACGGGCGAGCGGCCGUACGCCUGCCCACAGUGCGGCAAGACUUUCAGCCAAUCGGGUCACCUCAAAGCACACGAGCAGAUCCACAGACGAGAGCGAGCGGACACGGGCAGCGGCAGCAGCAGCAGCAGCAGUAGUGAUGGCGGCAGCAGCAGC